AUGACCAAGAAAAAGCUGUUUAUAGCAGCAAAGAGACACGAGAUGGUGCUUCGAAUAGAUGAAAUGUCGCAAAUGUUUACAUCGAUAAACAUGACAAAGGUGAAAAAGGAAGUAACAAGAAAAGAACUGGAAGAUCUGAGGGACUAUGAGUGUAUUGGAUGGAGACAAACCAAAGAUUGUUCGCCGUUGGGAACACGAGAGUAUGAAAAUGAUGAAAACUGCAGUGCAUUGAUUCCAAAUGGGCGUUCAGGCUAUUGUGAGGUGCGCAAUACACGCACGGGGGAGGUAAAACGAGUGAUGGAAAUGCACUGCAACUCGCUAAGACGACACGUGAUGUUUAAGUGCGAUUUGUUUCAAAGUCUACAGAGUCAUCGUAUUCUGUCGAUGGACUAUGAACAUGAUCCGAACUUUUCGUACACGCAUAAUCAAGAGGUCUUCCGUGCAACCAAUAGGUUGUCCGAUACGCCAACCUUGCUCGGAGAUGAUGGAAAAAGAACGAGUGAGAGCCAUGGAGAGCUAGAGCUGUCAUUUGACCGGGGAAUAGCAUAUGUGGUUUACGAAAAAAUGAUGCUAGGAGCGUAUGUGAGUGUGCGCUUGUUGCGCACUUUAGGUUGCACGUUGCCGAUUGAGGUCUGGUACAAGCCGUCGGAGAUGAGUGUCGAGCACCCACUUUUGCAGCUUAUGGUGACGGAGUAUAAAGCGUACCUGCGUGUGAUUGAGGACGAGUCGGUCACAUCUUUUUUUACAAAACUCUAUGCGCUGUUCUAUAGUGCCUUUGACAAUGUGCUGCUGCUGGACGCUGAUAAUUUUGCAGUGCGUGAUCCUAAGUAUUUGUUUGAUACGCAGGAGUUUUUGGAGACAGGCGCGAUCUUCUGGCCAGACUUUUGGAAACCAGGCAAUACGAUUUUUAAUAUAAACAAGGAGAGCUACCUUUGGGAGUUUAUUGGGCUGGAUUAUAUAAACGCGUUUGAGCAGGAAAGUGGCCAAGUGCUGAUCAAUCGACGGAUGCACUACAAGGCGUUGAACCUGCUUAUGUACUACGGUUUCUCAAAGCCUCGACCUCACGACUAUUUAAAUCUUAUGUGGGGCGACAAAGAUUUGUUUCGGUUCUCGUGGAUCAAGUCUAGCAGCUCGUUUCACAUGAUUGAGCGCCCACCUGGCUCCGCUGGCACGAAGCAUAAGGACCACGAUCUGUUCUGUGGCGUGGCUAUGGUACAACAUGACCCAAGUGGAAACGUGAUUUUUCUACAUCGUAACACACUGAAGCUCACGUACACGAACAACCAGACAGUGUGGACCCAUAUCCAGCAGUACAAGCGCACAGCAUUGCCUCUAGAUCACAGGGUGCGCGGUGCGAAUGGCGGCAAAUUCUUUCCACAGUUUAAGCGGUGCUUUGGCAAAGACGUACAGUACCAUAAGUUUUUUACGCUUAAACCGAUGAGCGAGUUCCCUUUUGCGAACUUGGAGCAUGACAUUUUGCGGUUUGCUGCUGCCGCUGCUAACAUUAUCGACAACGCAAAGAAAUCGGGCAGUAAGAAGAGUAGCUAA